AGUUAAACCAUAACUUCCCCUAUGAGAUUAAUUGGCAAAGCUGGUUUCAGUCAGUUGAUAACUAUUGAUAUUGACCGACAUAACAAGGAUUCGAAAACCACACGUUCUUAUCACUGCCAUGCUAUGAUAAGAUAUCACCCACAUCCAUUGAACGCACUCGAGAUAUAGCCUUUAAAUUGAUAAUUGGCCGCCAUCAACACUCAGUCACUGUUGCAAGUCGUUGUUCAAGUCAUAUCGAGUAGAAUGCCGUGGUCGGCAGUAUUUUCACCGGUUAUCACUGCCGUAUUGUGCCUUCUCGUGGCGGCACCGCUCGGGGCUUCCGAAUGGCAGUCAAGAAUCGUGGGAGGUUCCAACGCCACCGGUAACGUCUGUCCGCAUGCCGUUGCCAUUCGCCUGGUUGGCCGAGAUUUCCAUUGUAAUGGGGCGUUGAUAACCAAUCAGGAUGUCCUGACGGCAGGUCAGUGCGUGUAUAAUGGGAACGUGCUCCGAAAUGCUUCCGAGUUCCAGGUGGUUCUGGGGAGCUUGGCCAGUUCGAAUAGCUCCUCCGGAAGCACGAUACGUAGUGUGGCGGCCGUUUGGCCUCAUCCAUCGUACCUUUCGAACUCGCGUUUGAACAACGUAGCCGUUCUGAGGUUGAACGGUACGGUGCAGAGUUCAGCAUCGAUAGUACCGGUCCAGCUGUCCACGGCGGAUGCAGCGGUUAACCGAACCUGUACGCUGUGUGGAUGGGGAGCUAAUUCUACGGCAGGAAGGCCACUGGCAACACUACAGCGACUGGACCUGCAGAUUCAACCGCACAAUGCGACCUACUGUACGAGAGCCAACGAUAACGUGGCGUUACUAACCGGACAGAUAUGUGCCGGGGAUCUGACAGUUGGGAGGGGAGCAUGUAACGGGGAUGUGGGAGCUCCACUGGUGUGCGACGCACGUUUGCAAGGAGUUCUGACCAUAGUGGGCGGCUGUGGAGCAUUGAACGAGACUUCGAUCUUCCUCAAUACGGUGACUUUCAGGGAUUGGAUCAACAACAGGACGCAGACUUCAGGGGGUGGUGGCGGCGGAACUGGAGGAGGAAGUGGAGGUGGAACUGGUGGCGGCGGAGGAGGAGGAGCUGCCCAGGCAGUUAUGCAGAUGUGGGUUGUGAUGAUGCCAAUUUUGAUUCUUUUGGCUUUGAAAUAGGGCGUUAGUAAUUGAAAUCGACCAAAUCGACUUUCUGGAGUUCUAGAAGAUAUAAAUAUUGCAAAUGACUGUCGACGGCAAUACAACUACAGUCGAAUAGAUUUUUUCCACUUACAUUGAUAAGGUACAAAUCAUAGGUCUGUUGAAAUGUGAAUCAGAAGAAUAAAUGAAACUCGUCUUAUUAGCUUAGUUCCUAGGUCAACGCAGUAAUUUAUAACAAUGCAUCAAGUGAAAAGGUACACUCCAAAGAAUGACUCAGUACAAGCUCAAUAAAGAAAAAUCACCGAACCG